AAAAGCCUACAAAAAGCACUGCGCUUCUUUCACCAACCCUUUCAUUACAACAAAGGAUCAUCCUUCUCGGCUCCUUCGCAUCUCCAUCUCUCCCUCUCUUUCUCUAUCAUUACAUUUAGCUUUAAAAAGAGAGAAAAAAGUUAAGCUGCAUGGAUCCUCUCACACAGGAACAGAUCUCUGAGUUCCAAGAGGCCUUCUUGCUCUUUGACAAAGAUGGAAACGGCUGCAUCACUCUGGAAGAAUUGGCGACGGUCAUCAGAUCAUUGGGCCAGAAUCCAACUGAAGAAGAGCUGCAUGGUAUGAUAAGGGAAGUCGAUGUUAACGGGAACGGGAGCAUAGAAUUUGGAGAGUUUUUAUACCUAAUGGCUAAGAAAAUGAAGGAGACCAAUGAUGAAGAGGAGUUGAAAGAAGCUUUCAAGGUUUUCGAUAAGGACCAAAAUGGGUUCAUAUCAGCUAGUGAGCUGAGUAAUGUAAUGAUCAAUCUUGGGGAGAAGCUUACGGAUGAAGAGGUUGAACAAAUGAUCAAGGAGGCUGAUAUGGAUGGCGAUGGGCAAGUAAAUUUUGAGGAGUUUGUGAAAAUGAUGAGGACCGUUUAAACUACGACUCUACGGAGAUUUCAUUGACGAAAUUUUCAGAUUAUUAAUUUCAUUCUGUCCAAAAGAUUCAUAGAUAGAGUCGUUUAAUUUUGUUACAGAUGAGCAUACUAUAGACGUUGUCUCAUUCUAUUAUUCCCUCCUCUAAACUUAUUAACAAUUCUUUUUUAAACUACUUAGAAUAAUUGGUUAAAAGACAAAACAGCAAAACAUCUUUAUCGGUUGUAAUGUUGACUGUCGGUAAUUGUUCCAGAUCUAUUCUUAUUAUUUGAUUUGUUUA